AUGCUAAUGCUCAACCAAACAGACCUGACCCUAGUCUCAUUCAUUCUUAAUGGGAUCCCAGGCCUGGAGGACAUGCACAUGUGGAUUUCCUUCCCAUUCUGCUCCAUGUAUGCUGUGGCUGUGGUAGGGAAUUGUGGGCUCCUCUACCUCAUCCGCUAUGAAGACUCCUUGCACAGGCCCAUGUACUAUUUUUUAGCUGUGCUUUCCCUAACUGAUCUUUUCAUAUGCUCUAGUACAAUCCCUAAAGCUCUCUGCGUCUUCUGGUUCCAUUUCAAGGAAAUCAGCUUUGAUGGAUGUCUGGUCCAGAUGUUCUUCAUCCAUACCUCCACAGGGAUGGAGUCUGGGGUGCUCAUGCUUAUGGCCCUGGACUGCCCCAUAGCCAUCUGCUACCCGCUGCGUUACUCUACUACCCUCACGAAUUCUGUUAUUGCAAAGGCUGGGCUCUCCACCUUUCUGAGAAGGGUAUUCCUCAUAAUUCCCUUCACUAUCCUCACCAAGCGCCUGCCCUACUGCAGAGGGAAUAUAAUUCCCCACACCUACCAUGACCACAUGUCUGUAGCCAAAUUAUCCUGUGGGAGUAUCAAGGUCAAUGUCAUCUAUGGUCUGACGGUUGCCCUCCUGACUGGGGGCUUUGACAUCCUGUGCAUCACAAUCUCCUACACCAUGAUCCUCCGGGCAGUGGUCAGCCUCUCUUCAGCAGAUGCUUGGCACAAGGCCUUCAGCACCUGCACUGCCCACAUCUGUGCCAUUGUUUUCUCCUACAGCCCAGCCUUCUUCUGCUUCUUUUCCCACUGCUUUGGGGGUCACACAAUCUCUCCAUCUUGUCACAUCAUUGUGACCAAUAUUUAUCUGCUCUUGCCUCCACUAUGA